UUUCUGCUUUAUAUGUGUACCGUAUUUUCUACUUAUAUUGAUAUAUGUUUAUCGGUCCGUAGAUGGGAUAGUGUAAAAAAAUACUACUCUCCCAAGGUUAAGAAUAGAAAAAUAAACAGAAUGUUCAUCAGAACGUGCACAUGUAGGGUAAAGCUGAUUUACGUUUAGUGCCAUUGGGUCGGCUUGACAUUUGAGGACUUUAUCUACAAUCACAGUGUAUAAAGGUCUCUGUCACAUCCAACCAAACAAAAUACGGAAAUAUUUAAUACAUCCCGGGAUUUUCCUUGAGUACGUUUGGUUUUGGUUUGGAUUAUUAACUGUCGAAGGGAGUGAUUUCGGGUUUGGUGUAGUUUUACUGUUAACAAGUGGCUUCAAAUAAAACGCUUUAAGCGGAUACUUGAAGAGAUAUAGCAUUUGUUUUGGCGUAUGUUUUGUUUGACAUGACCAUACUUCUUCACAUCAUGGUGUUAUGUACGGAAUUUAAUGACUUGUGAAGGUAUCUGUCGACCUAGAAACACAGAAUGCCUCCUCCGAAGAAGCCAAAAGUUGGGCGAACGUCGCUUGAACAGUUCUUGACGGAGGACGAAAGUCACCUUGAUCGUCGGAACUCGCGUGACUCGGAGGGAAACAGCCCGGCUGGUACCAUUGAUGAUGGUUCAGAUGGUGAAGUGUUUAAUUCUGCCAGUGACAGUGAGAAGGAAUUGAAUGUGAAGAGCUCAUCGGUCGACGAGCGAACGACUCUUUUUCACAAACUUUUGCUGAAAUCACGUUCCGUUGACGAACAAAAAGUUCCUAGAAGUCCGGAUGAUGACGCAUGCUCACCGACAGCCUCUCCGCCGGCGGCAGGAGAGAACGUUGGUGCCUUCAGGAAGUACCAGGAUCAUUUAAGACUACAGUUAGAAAAACCUCGCCAAAUUGAGAUAAAACUGGAGUGUACGUCUCCAAAAGAGCCGAAUGUUGCGCCAGAGCUGGGUAGUAACGAAGACUACAGUAAUGUUACAGUAAAGGAGAGCAGUUCGGCGCCCCAACAGAGGCUUACGACCGACCAGGGCCGCCUUAUAGACACCUUAGUGGCUUCGGCGCUUGCUAGUAGCGCCGCGCAGUCCAUCAUUUACGGCGGCAGGUCUACUUCAUAUACCGCGGCCCCGAAUGCAUACCCUCAUGGACAAAACAUGUCUUUUAGCACGUGUUCUAUGAAAGGCUUUGAAAACGAGCCUCAUGAUCUAUCUAAAAAAACUGACGCUACAAAAUACUUGGGUCACAGACUGUACGAGGGCUUGAAUCCCAGUGACCAAAGUCGCUUGGCGAGUGUUUACAGGGAAUGGGCAUUAAGGCAAAACAAGGACAAUGCUUUUGAGCGAAGUAAACAGUACCUCGAAUCUCACAGACGUAUAGUUGGACUUUUAUCUGAACGGACAGACGAAAGUGUUCGUGACGAGCGGUUGGCAGAUAAGGAAAACAUGGUGCAGGCGGUUCCCGCCCGCUAUCCGAACGGAAUUUAUUCAUCCGUCGGCAUCAACCGAAUGAUGGGUGGUUACCGUUACGACACACAUCAGCGUGAGACCAUGGAGCACAGUAACGGUGGAAAACUGGACGAGAGCGGAUGUAUCAUAUCGCCCACCGGGAAUUACGUGCCUGUCCACUCCAUGAUCCCGUCUGGACAGCCCACCAUAAAUCAGAGCCCAACCUCAACAAAUAUGGAGGGCGUAGACAGAUACCACCCUGCUCUGAUGAAUCCACAUUUCCUCCACAACGACUCUAGAAGAAUGAAACCAGAGUCAUCUCAUGGUGCUGGAGGUGUGAACAAGCUAUGUCAGGUGUGCAGUGACAACGCCUCUGGCUUUCACUACGGGGUGUGGUCAUGUGAGGGCUGUAAGGCAUUCUUCAAGAGGAGCAUUCAAGGACCUGUUGACUACGUGUGUCCAGCUACAAAUACAUGUACUAUUGAUAAACAUCGGCGAAAAAGCUGCCAGGCAUGCAGAUUACGCAAAUGUUACGAAGUGGGAAUGAAUAAAGGAAGUCAAAGAAAGGAGCGAAAGUCAGCAAAUUCACUGCAGAACAAAUCUCCCAAACGGCCUAGAUCCAACUCUGGCGACAAUACAGCUAUUGGCUCACCAGAUAGCACUCCAACUCCAGCAAAAAAUUCUCGCAAGUCUCGGACAACUCUGACUAUUGAGGCUUUAAGCAAGGCAGAGAUGCCACGACUGGAGAGCUACCACAAUCACAGCCUGCCACCCACGCGACAACACCUCCUGGCAUCCUUCGUCAAACUGGCGGAGAAAGAGCUCGUUUACCUUAUUAAUUGGGCAAAAAAUGUUCCUGGUUAUUGUGAGCUGAGCUUGGGAGAUCAGGUUCACCUGAUCGAAUGUUGCUGGAUGGAGCUCUUGUUUCUCAAUAUUGUCCACCGAUCACUCGAACAUGGUGGACGUAGACUCGUCAUUGCCCCGGACCUUGUGCUAGAGAGACCUUACUGGGCCACGAUGGGGAUGUCAGAAGUUUUUGAGCAGCUGGCAGCUGUCUCUGAGCAACUUGUGCAAUAUCACCUCCACAAUGAAGAGUUCUUGUUGCUACAGGCAACCGUCCUUGCCAACGCUGAGGUGCGAAAACUUGCCAGUUAUACCAAACUGUUUGAGAUCAAACAAAGUAUUCUGGAUGGAGUUGUUGACAUUGCCCAGAAAUAUCAUCCGGACAACUUGAGGCAUGUGCCAUCCCUGUUGUUGAUGUUGACUCAUAUACGGCAGGCUGCAGAGCGGGCAGUCACGUAUUUCCAGAGUCUCAAGGCUGAUGGCACUGUGACAUUCUGCGAUCUCUUGUCUGAAAUGCUCGAUGCUCAAAAGGAAGAAAAAACUGGAAACCACAAUCUCUCCUGAGUUAGAUUUCAUACAAAAACCUGAUGAAAUGCGCAGUCCUAUCUACACAUUGUCUUAAAAAGACAUUAAACAUUUAUUAAGGCUGUCCUCCCACCACAUAAGUGGCCUUCACAGACAGAAGUGCUUUAUGCUCUGUGAAUAUUAUUGUGAAAUUUUAAACACCACAGCCAAUUGUAUAAACCAUUAAAAUAUUGUUGACUGGUGAUCUUUUGGUCGGUCAAAAGCUCAAAAUGAUUUCAUUGGUUAAUAGUCAGUAUUGGAUAUUAAAUAUUGACCAAUCAUUGAACAUUUUGAAUAAUUUUGACUUAACCUAAAGUACAACUAGUUGUAUACAAUUGGAAUCAGUAUGAUUGCUGUAUGAAACAUUUGGUUUAUACUCUUCAUAUGAAUUACCUAUGUUGUCUGGUGCAACCAUUUGUUCUACUGUGUUUUAAAGUCAUUAUAGUUGUGAAACAACUUCCAUUUUGGCAACCAGGAGUGGUAUUCAACAUGUAACUUCAGUCAAUACAUCAUUGACUUCAUUUACUGUAAAGGUCCGUUAUUUAUAUCACGCAAUCCGAUUAGCUACAUCGUUCUUAAAUCCAAUUAAGACCAAUAUUGAAUACCAACCCAGAUAGUGAAGAGUGUUGUAUUUGGGGCAAAAAGGUAAAACAUUAAAAUCUUGUCUAAAAUUAGAGGGAAUGUGUGGUAGCUAAGAUCAUUAAGUGGGUGUAUUGGAAAAGUGAUGAAACAUCUUGUCUAAUGUUAGAGGGAAUAUAGCUUAGAUAUUUAAGGGGAUUUAUUAGAAAGGUUAUAUGAUGCAUUAAAGAAUCUUUUUAAUUGAGUUUUAAAAAUGAUUGAAAUGUGAAAAGGAGUCAUUUAACGAGUCUUAAUUUAUGGAAAUUUGACCCUUACAAUGAUAACACCGUGACUUGUGUGUUUUGUUUAUGACUAUAGGGCAAUAUCUUCUACCUCAUUGUGUUAGUGGUGCAUGCAUUGAAUCAUUUAUAUCAAUGGUUGAGUGAAAUGUUCAUGAUUGUUUUUUGUUAAAGGCAUAUGAUAUUGUUAUAUCGAUUCUCAAAGUAGAAAUUCUUAGUUUUGUUAUGUUCUUAGUUUGUUAUGAAAGAAGUACUGUGUAUAUACAAUGGUGUAUAGAAAAUGUACCUCAGUUAGAACUGUAGAAGUUUUACAGCUCUCAACAUCUAUUGAACUAUUUAUUUUAAACAGUGCUAUUUUACACUAAUUUUAUCAUGUACAUGUGUAUCUGUGGCGAAAUCAUUGAAUUUCAUGAGGUCAUAUCAUGGUGUAUUUAAAAUGUGGUCAUCAGUUGCUAUAUUUAUAUUAUGUACAUUGUAAACUUACAUAAUAAUAUGUUAAUAUUGAUGUGUCAUUUUCUGUUAAGGUUAUAUUUUUGCCAUUUUAUUCUCUUAUCGAUUUGAGAUGGGUGAAAAUAAAUUGAAUA